CAACCCCAUACUACUACUACAAACGUGACGCUGAAGCAACCCCAUACUACUACUACAAACGUGACGCUGAAGCAACCCCAUACUACUACUACAAACGUGACGCUGAAGCAACCCCAUACUACUACUACAAACGUGACGCUGAAGCAACCCCAUACUACUACUACAAACGUGACGCUGAAGCAACCCCAUACUACUACUACAAACGUGACGCUGAAGCAACCCCAUACUACUACUACAAACGUGACGCCGAGGCAACCCCAUACUACUACUACAAGAGAGACGCCGAAGCAACUCCAUACUACUACUACAAGAGAGAUGCCGAAGCAACUCCAUACUACUACUACAAGAGAGAUGCCGAAGCAACCCCAUACUACUACUACUAAAUUCUCAGAAAUAACCAACUUUAUUUCUAGAUUAUUAAAGAAAUCACUAUACUAUUCCUUACUACUAUCAAAACUAAUAUUCCUUUUACCAAUACAAGACAAAAUGACUUACAAUAGAAAGCAAUUCUAG